UUACACAGUUUAUAGGUAAAGGCCACAAAUAAAUGUUGCUUUUCAGCCAUUAGACAGUUCAUACCAUUUCUGGAAGGUUUGUCUGGAGGAAAAGGGAAAACAGGUGUACAACGUGAGUUGGUCUUUUCAGUUCUACUUCUAUCCCAUCUGCCAACUGAGUAUCUUAGAGUAUCUGAAUACAUAAAUGUCAAGGACACGUUUACUGGACCUCAUUUCUGGCUCCUCCCUGCAUUUCAAAUGAAUGCAGACAGUUUUGUUCUCAUAAAAGUUCAUUUAUUUCCACACUUUGUCCUACAUAUGGAAGUUUCAAGAUUUCUCAGUUUUCGUAAUAUAUAAACAAACUGUGCCAGGAGAACACAAGAAAAUGAAAAUAACCCCCCAAAAUGCUUUUCACAGUAUUCAUUCAGGCAGUUAAAUUCUGCUGGAGAACACUCUGAGGCUUUAGUCUCUAUGGAAUGACUACCAAGAGUGUUUUAUACCUGUUCACAGAAGCUUCUUGAUUGACAGGUGACUAAACCUUGUCGAUGAUAGGCAAAAAUGAUCUUCCACUGUAGGAUUCUACAGGAACAGGCACAGUACUAUGCAUGCUCGUUAAUUGUGAUACUUAUAGUAGUCUUAUAUUGCUUUUUCUCCAUACAAACACAAGCUCUCUUGUACUUUUAAAGAUCAUAUUUGACAAAAUAGAGUUAUUUCUGGUUUUAUUGCUUUAUUUUAAAAGUGGUGUCACAUGAAGAAAUCCUGUGACUCGGAAUAAGUUAUUAAAAAACAUACCAAUCAGAAGAUUUGUGAGAAAAGUCUAUACUUGUCAACUAGUUUACCAAAAAACUGGUGUCAGCAUAACACUGGCACCCUGUUAGCAACACGCUGCUCACACCCAGGCGCAUCCUUUCGGAAAGGCUUCCGUAUUAAAACAGGGUCGGGAUGGACAUUUCGCAUUUAAACAGGAGCAGCAGCGUCGCGGAAGCGGGUCCGUGCAGCGGGCCCGGGACACUUACAGUCGGUACAGCCUGUCCAGGCGCAGGCCCGGCCUCCAGCGCCGCCCUCACGGCUGCUGCACCUUCGUCCGCUUCACGGGAGGGUCAUCGCCGCUCGCCGUCGCGUCCACGUUGUUUUCGUCUUCGCCUUCAUCCUCCUCGUCGUCAUUGUAGUCGUCGUCGUCGUCGUCAUCCCCGCCACCACCUGCCGGAGUUCGGGCGGGCGCGGGUGAACGCUGUGGGGCGCGGGCGGCGCCCCGGGGCCGGCGGAGCCCCCUCGGCGCGCCCCCCCCGCCACUCACCGCGCCGCGCGCCGCCCGCAGCCGCCCGCUCCUCCUGCACCAGCGGCGCCAGCAGCUCCACCACCCGCUCCUGCAGCUCGCUCAGGGCUCCCCGCAGCCCGCGCAGCUGGGCGGCCUCGCCCUCCGCCGCCGCCGGGUACGGCACCCGCACCGUCCGCGUCCGCCCGUCGCGGCCCCGCAGCUCCGCCACCAGAUCCCGCCCCGGGCCCAGCUCGGGCUCCGUCUCGGCCGCCAGGUCCGCCAUCACCGCCCGCCGCUCAUGUGCCCGCCCCGCAGGUCAUGUGCCGGCCGCGCGGGCUGCCCCGCCCCGCGGUGACACACCGCCCACGGUCACGUGGGGCGCGCGCGAUUCCGCUUCCGCUGUAGCGCCCCCUGGCGCCUCCUUGGCCCCGUGUUUCCCGCCUCGCUUCGCGCUCCUCGGCCUUCGCGUCCCGGCGAUGGAGGCGGCGGCUCCGGAGGGCGCCGAGCCGGGGAGCGGCGGGAGCGGCGGGAGCGGCGCGGAGGAACCCGUGGUGUCUCUGGCGGAGGUGCUGGCGGAGAACGAGGAGCUGGAGAAGGAAGCGCGGGCCGUGCUGGGGGGCAGCGACCACGAGCGCUGCAGUUACUCACAGGGCGCGGUGAAGCGGCAGGCGCUGUACGCCUGCAGCACGUGCACGCCGCCCGGCGCCGAGCCCGCGGGGAUCUGCCUGGCCUGCAGCUACGAGUGCCACGGCACCCACCGCCUCUUCGAGCUCUACACCAAGAGGAAUUUCCGCUGUGACUGUGGAAAUAGCAAGUUUAAAAAUCUGCAGUGCAAGUUACUCCCGGAAAAGGGCAAGGUGAAUUCAGGAAAUAAAUAUAAUGACAACUUCUAUGGAUUGUACUGUACCUGUAAAAGACCUUACCCCGAUCCUGAAGAUGAGAUUCCAGAUGAGAUGAUCCAAUGCAUAGUUUGUGAAGACUGGUUCCAUGGAAGGCAUCUUGGUGCAGUUCCCCCUGAAAGUGGAGACUUCCAUGAAAUGGUGUGCCAGGCCUGCAUGAAACGUUGCCAUUUCCUCUGGGCUUAUGCAUCACAAUUAGCAGUUCCUCCUUUGACCAAAGCAAGCUCCCUUGAAGAUGAAGGGAUUGUCCUGAAGGUAGAGGAAAGUGAAGAGCAGAAGAAAGAAAUAAAAAAAGAAAGUGGAGUGGAACACCAUGACACAAAGGAGGAAAAGCAAUUGGAACAAUUUAAUGAACCAUCCACUAGCUCUGGGUCUGCCUGUCCUGAGGUAGUUACUAAGAGCGAGGAGCCUGUCUGUAAGCUGAAAGAGCUCCAAAGCAAGCCAUUUGUAAGAAAAGAUACUGCCACCUUUUGGCCAUCGAACUGGAGGAGCAAAUUAUGCACUUGUGAAGACUGCCUGAAAAUGUAUUCAGAGCUUGAAGUCCAGUUCCUGACAGAUGAAUGUGACACUGUCUUGGCUUAUGAAAAUAAGGGUACCAGUGACCAAGAGACAGAGAGGAGAGAUCCUUUAAUGGACACCCUUAACAGUAUGAACAGAGUCCAGCAAGUGGAACUCAUCUGUGAAUACAAUGAUUUAAAGACAGAACUGACUGACUAUCUCAGGAGGUUUGCAGAUGAGGGAACGGUGGUUAAAAGAGAAGACAUUCAGCACUUCUUUGAAGAAUUUCAGUCUCGGAAAAGGCGACGGACUAACAGGAUGCAGUACUACUGUAGUUAGACUGAGAGGGUUUGGGUCUGAGAGGACAACUGGCAAAACAAUGUUCACUGGCAAACAGAAAAGGCAUCUUCAGUUUUUGACUUCUCAUCAAAAUCCAGCUGUCCAAGAAACAUCAUCAUUUUGUCUUAUACGUCCUUCAUUUGUAGCACCUAAAACAUGUUCUUAACAAAUCCUUACAUUGCACUUAGAGGGAUUUCAGUACCGAUGGCCUUGGCAGUCCCGGGAAAGCCGGCCUUGUCUCCAGGGGCGGAGGGCGGGUACCGGAGCAGCGGGUCCUGCCGCUCCCCUGCUUACUGCCGGGGCCUGGAGCCCUGCCCGUGCUAAACCCGCCCGGCCUCCGCCCUGCCCUGCCCUGGCCUGCCCUGCCCUGCCCUCGGUAGCUGGGAACGCUCUCCCGGCUCUCCUGCUUGAAGGGCUCUGUCCCCUCCCUUGGGGCUGUAGCCGCAGGGAGCUGCCUGUUCCUGCCCUGUCGCGGCCCCUCAGGGGCAGGCCGGGCCGGGCUGGGCUGAGCCAGCGCUGCUGCCUGCCCGCUCCCGUUCCCGCUGGGGAGCACUCCCCGGCUGCUCACAAAUGGGAAGGCAGAGCUUAGGCUUGAUGCAACACCGUGUUCUGUCUGGUUUUAUACAUUAAAAAAAACUUAUUUCUAGUAUUGGACAGGGAUGAUGUCUGUGGUAAAAAAAAAAAUUCAGAUGAUCUUAAUGUAUAUGCUCAUCAGAACAAAAACAAGAACUAGGAGGAGGUACUAAAUUACAAACUAAGCAUGCGGGGGGUUUGUUAUAUGCUUUGAUUUUAAAAACUAGCCUACAGCAAAUUCUUCUUUAUAAAUGUUGCUGAAAACACUGCAGCAUCCUGGUAUUUUGCUACAGUAUGGAAUGUUCUUUUUAUAACCACUGUGAUAAUCAUGGGACAGGAGAUGUUUCACUGACUUUUAAGACUACACGUAGUUGCAAUUAAAAAUUAAGAUUUUGUAAGUUUGGAUCCUAAUGUAGUUAGACCCCAAAACAUACAUUAAAUUUCUAGUUUUUGAGGAUUUCUAUAUCAUGGGUUGCUAUUCUGCCUUUCCAUGUUAAUGGUUUUUGAAAAGCAAAGGUAGACUUUUAUCGUUCUCACUAUUAACUGUUUCUGACCAUUUUAUUUACGAUCUGUAAUUUAGGAUAGAUGCUCAGCUGAGCAGCUUCAUAGAACAUAGACUAUGCUGAGUUGGAAGGGACCCAGCAGGAUCAUCACAUCCAACUCCCUGCCUUGCACAGAACACCCCAAGAGUCACACCAUGUGCCUGAGAGCGCUGUCCAAACACUUCUUGUACUCUGUCAGGCUGGUGCUGUGCCCACUGCCCUGGGGCACCUGUUCAGUGCCCAACCACCCUCUGGGUAAAAAAAACCUUUCUCUGAUAACCAACCUAAACUGCCCCUGACACAAGUUCAGGCCAUUCCCUCACUGUCCCUGGGCACCAUAGAGAGGAGAUCAGGGUCUGCCCCUCCUCUUCCCCUCUCAGGAAGCUCUAAAUGCAGUGGGGUCUCCCCUCAGUCUCCCCCAGGCUGAACAGACCAAGUGCCCUCAGUUGCUCCUCAUAGUGCUUCCCCUCAAUGCCCUUCAAGGCCCUCCUGGCCCUCCUUUGGACACUCUCUAACAGCUUUGUAUCUAUUUUAAAUUGUGGCACCCAGAACUGCCCCCAGGGCUCCAGGUGAGGCCGCCCCAGUGCAGAGCAGAGCAGGACAAUCCCCUCCCUUGCCUGGCUGUUGAUGCUGGGCCUGAAGCACCCCAGGGCAUGGGUGGCCCUCCUGGCUGCCAGGGCACUGCUGACUCAUGCUCAAUGUGUCAUUGACCCCCAGGGCCCUUCCCUAUUUGCUUUUAAAUUUUACUCUGGGUAUUGUACAUGCUGUUUUUUGGGUAGCAACUGUUACAGGAGCUGUAACUGCGCAUCUAACUACAAUAUAAAAAAGAUAAAAAUAA